UUCCAUCAUUCAAUGUACGUUUUUCUUCGACUUGGUCCACUUUCACCUUUAACCAUAUGUGCAACACUUGGUCCCCCAUUCUCUCUCUCUCUCUCUCUACCAUUGGCAUCGACCUUUCCUCUCUUCUCUUCCCAUUGCCGUGAGAAUCUAUCUCAUGGAUGAGCCAGCUCCAGUGAUGAAGGAUGUAAAUGAGGAACAACAGUUACAGCAGCAAUCAUCAUCUCCGGGAGUGCCUCUGCAUCCCCAAGCUAACGCAAAAGCAGACUCUUAUACUGCUUUCUUUGGGAAGCAUAGGAUGGCAGCUGCCAUAUCCAAUCUCCACAACCAAAUCAACAUGAUCCAGGAAGAGCUGGAACAACUCGAGACUUUAGGCAAUUCUUCGAUUGUAUGCAAAGAACUUAUUUCAAGCGUCGACUCCGUCCGCGAUCCGCUGCUUCCGUCGACCGUGGGUCCAGCAGAUGUCAGCUGGGAUCGUUGGUUCCGAGGAGCCCACAACUCCCGAAAUCACAAACGCUGGAUCUAAAGCUAUUACCAGUUCCCUUCUCGAGCAUGCUAAAGUAUCAAAAGCAUUGAAGUAGGCAGGGAAUCGGAGAGAGAGGGAAAGAGGGUGAGUUUUGUCGUUUUUCUUUGCUUUCUAUCCUCACUUUUUCGUUAUUUUGGUGGGUGGGCGGGUUGGUUGAGAUGUCGGGUGCAUUUCCUUUGGCCAUGUUUCUGCUUGUCAAAAUGCUACGAAGCUGGAAACUUCUAUGUCAUAAUUCGGGUAGUUGUCCUCUACUUUUAUGCAAUUUCUGGUAGCUUGCUUUCCA